ACACACACACACACACACACACACACACACACACACACACACACACACUAACUGAAUCAUUUCAGCAGAUUUAUCCUCGUCUAUUUAUAGCUCGACAUUAUGUUUAAUGACACAUCCCACAGUCUAACUGUACCAAUGACUGUUUUGGCUGAAAGAGGUUCUUAUUACCGCGGGCUUCACUCAUCGGAGGUAUCUGUCAACACUUCCUGUAUAGGUUCAGUGGAGACGAGCCAGGUCUUUUUCCGUUGCCUUCUCUUCCUCUGAGUGAAUCUGCGUCUGUCAGAACCUUUUAUUCGUUUUUUCGUUGCUGUUAUUGUUAUCAGAAGCUGUUGUGUGUUCAGUAUUUCACCAAACACAGCUCCACAUAUGAACACAAUUAGUCUCCGCCAGCCAAAACAGGUCACCAUUGUCUAUUGUCUUCGUAGGUGUGUGUUCAGGUCAUCUGUGUGUUUCUGUGCCUGAGACACAGAGAGCCAAACAAACUACCACACACAACCACAGUGUACCUAUGUCUGUAAAAUAACUAACUACAUUUCAUUACUCAUUUACCCUCAACUAAGAAACAGCUUUUACAAAAAUAUAUAGCUUUCUAAAUUACUUUUUACAGCUGAAAUAAAAUGUUAAUAAAUGUGUCUUUUUAGAAGAAGAUUACGAUGACACAGUUUGAUUGCUGAAAAAGUAACUUGCAAAAAAUAUUAUAAUAAUUAAUAAUCAGCCACACUGAAUUAGAUCAAAGGUUUUUAAGCUUUUUAAUCUAGCACCUUGUAAAUUAUUAUUGAGUCAAUUAAAACAAUCUAAUUUUGCAUUAAUGACAUUAUGACGUUUCACUGUGAAUGGAUGGACAUGGAGGACUUACUGUAAUGGCUUUUUUUAUGCAGGCUACCAUGAGAAAUCACAUUCGUAAUGCACCAGAUUUUUUUUGUAAAUGCAAGUGCAAAGCCAUUGUGUGCUAAAAAUUGUCCAUUAAUCAUUCCAGCAAGCUGCAGUUCAUUACCAUCUUAUGAGGUUCUAGUAUUCCCACUCACCUCUGCUUUUUUCCAAUCAUAUCUGUGAAAUAAGUGCAGGAAAAAUCUCAAUGCACGUCUGUCCAGAUAACAAUCACUAUUUUUUGUCUCGUUCCCCAUAUUUUGUACUUUUGACCCCACAGCUGCCUCUAUGCCUUAUGCUUUUUCUAUUGUUCUUAUUUCCAUCGCAUUAAAAAGAGGAAGGAUGCAUUUAGAUGGAGAGGUUGCUACACACAGACGUGUCAGUGCGUAUUAUAUAUAUCUCUGUGUUUGUUUAGUGCGUGUGUGUAAUAAUUAUCUCAGUAGCCUACCCUCAAAUUACUUUAUUUACACUGAUGCCGAGUUGCACUGUGGCAGAUCAUACAGCAGUGUUACAGCUGAGCUCAGUGUCUAUUUUGAAAUCCUCAAUUCACUUAUAAAGAGAAUCAGUGGUAAACGCUUGCACAAUAGACUCAACCACUUUUGAAAUAGGUUACAUAUAAAUACAUAUAAAUAGGUUAGAUUAUUAAACCUAGGUUUAAUAUAAUCUUGUGUACGUGUCUUGGAUCUCUUGUUGUUAGUAACACUGCAGUAAUACUGAGGAGCAGUGAACAGAAGGAACCACAUGCGGUGUCAGUGUUGGACUUCAAGCCCCCAAAUACAGGACGUCCCUCAGAUUCUGAACGGAUCUGCUGCUGCUGCUUGACUUUAAUGCACAGGAAGUUGUGUUGGCUGGGACACACAGAGCCAUUGUGAAGCCUCCACUAGGAACAGUCUCAUUUAUCAGGAAAAGUCCGUCCAGUCGCUGGCUCCGCCCCCAACAUCCUCUGCUGCGAGCCGCGUUCGCCCAGCAACUUCAAGGAAAGAACUAACACCCUCCCUGGCUGUUGUCACUGUGGUGGAAUAACGCAGCAGUCUAAUUAACCGACUCCGAAUAGGCUGUAAUUAUAUGAAACCUGACUUCCGCCUGGAAGGCGCUAGAUCCAACUUGAAGUUGAAUAACGAACCGGGCCGAUGCAGAUUUUACCGACUACUGGAUGAUGAGGCGGUCGGACCGUAGCGCGCCUUUAAACGCUGAUUUCCAAGAUCCCAGAGACGAUGUGGAAUAAGGAAUAUGAUGUUCACUUCGACUUUUUACUGCAACUCCUCGAUGCCAACCUCGCAGACGCGCUGUCUGACUCAGAGGAGUGCGAUCUGGGCAGCCUGGACCGCUUGGAGCGCGGCAGCACCGACACCCUGGCCAAUGGCUGCCGAGCCGACUCGGAGGCCGCCAAGAGGCUGGCCAAGCGUCUCUUUCACCUCGAGGGCUUUAAACGCUGCGAUGUGGCCAGACACCUGGGCAAGAAUAACGAGUUCAGCCAGUUGGUGGCGUCAGAGUACCUGAGCUACUUUGAUUUCUCCGGCCUGUCGUUGGAUCGAGCCCUGAGGAACUUCUUGAAGGCCUUCCCACUGAUGGGAGAGACCCAGGAGAGAGAGCGGGUUCUUGUUCACUUCUCCAGACGCUUCUGCCACUGCAACCCGCAGACGCUCACCUCUGAAGACGGAGCCCACACGUUGACCUGCGCCCUCAUGCUGCUCAACACCGAUCUCCAUGGACAUGUGAACAUUGGAAAAAAGAUGUCCUGCCAACAGUUCAUCAGCAAUCUUGACGGCCUUAAUAACGGCAAAGACUUUCCUAAAGAUUUAUUAAAGGUCUUGUAUAACUCAAUCAAGAAUGAGAAGCUUGAGUGGGCAGUUGAGGAGGAGGAGCUGAGGAAGAGUCUAUCAGAGCUUGUGGAGGAGCAGUGUGAGGGUGGGAGCAAGCGUGUUGCCAGGGUAAUGGACGGCAGUAACCCUUUCAUCGCCAUCCCCAUCCUCCUCAACGCCGUCACCUACAAACACGGCGUGCUGACUCGCAAGAGCCACGCAGACAUGGACGGCAAACGCACUCCGAGGGGUCGCCGUGGCUGGAAAAAGUUCUAUGCAGUUCUUAAGGGGAUGAUCUUGUAUCUCCAGAAGGAUGAAUACAAGCCAGACACAGAUAUUUCAGAGGUGGACCUGAAGAACGCGGUGCGGAUCCACCACGCUUUAGCCACCUGUGCCACUGACUACAGCAAAAGAGCCAACGUACUGAAGCUCAAGACCUCAGACUGGAGGGUCUAUCUGCUGCAGGCACCGAGUGAGGAGGAGAUGAUGUCUUGGAUCUUCCGGAUAAACCUGGUGGCAGCACUGUUUUCCGCCCCAGCCUUUCCUGCUGCCAUCGGCUCCAUGAAGAAAUUCUGUCGGCCCAUUUUGCCGUCCUCAUCCACCAGGCUUAACCAGGAGGAGCAGCUGCUGAGUCACGAGAGCAAGCUGAAGCAGAUGAGCCUGGAGCUGGAAGAGCACCGGAAAAACCCGCCGUCAGCUGACCCCAAAACCCGCGAGUGGGAGGAGUAUCGGCUCAAAGAGCACUACCUCAGCUACGAGAAGACUCGCUAUGAGACCUACAUCAGCCUGCUGCAGGCCAAAAUCCGCGCAGAGACCGAUGACCUUGAGAAGAUCGAGGCAAGCGUGAUGGGCGGCCUGAUCGCGGAGGCAGGACUGGCCGGCCGCGAGUGCCACCUCCGGAAGACGCGGUCGUCCCCGUCCAUCAGCCAGGCCCACAGCGGCGUGAACGGAAAGGCCCCCGGUCAGAGGAGCUGAGGGGAGGAGGAAGGAGCAGAGAGCACACAAAACACACCCCUCCAAACCAAACUGGCCUGAUCCUCCAGCUCCUUCCUCGGGGCUGUGUUUUGUUUCGGGCUCCUCUGUUGCUCUCAGACAGAAAAGAGACUGUGCAGCAACAGGAAGGAUCUCUGUCUAAAUCCUUCCCAAAAUUGGUCAACCAAGAGUCUGUCCUUGAGCAAUAUGAAGCAUACGAAGAGCCCGCGUAUGAUAUCUUACUAGUGACCCUGUUAAACCUCAGUUCUUUGAUUAUUGCACAUUGAAUGAUCACACUGUGAUCACUGUUCAUAUACACAUUAUCAGUAUUAUUUUCUAAACUCUAAGCUGUUAGUUUAAAUGUGUUUUUAGUCACGUGGAGAACUUUGACUAAUUUAUAAAACAUUCAUCUGAGGCCGACCGGUCGUCUCUGUGCUGUCCUCGUCAGACAGACGGAGAUCAAUGAGGUGGACGUGGUACCGCUGUAGCAUUUUGGCCGCUUUUCACACUGAGCCGCUCACGGGUGAGUAGAGGAACAGUGAAGUCAGGGUGUGGGAGAUACGAGCCAUCCGUCCAGGAGGAAACAGGAACUCGGAAGGGUCGAGCCUCUGUCAUGUAUAGCAUAUUUAUUUAUUUAUUUAAACAUCUCUGAUGAGUCCCAGGAGGCGUGGACGUGGUCCUUUCUCAGCAAAAUUCCUCUUUCACACAUGCACACACCUGCCAAGGUGUUCACCCUUAGCUGAGCUGCUCCGCCAGAGGAGCUGGAGGUUGAGUGCCUUACUCAAAGGCACCUCGACACGAGCUGUUGAGGGAUUUUGAGAAAAUGAAGCAGUCGCCUGUCGAAUGAAUCACGUUUGUGGGUUUUUGAGACGUCUCCUCGCACACGGAAAUGCAUCCGUCUCUCGUGUUGGUUUUUAUAAACCAGCGAAGAUAAACAGUAUGUACCUGAAUGAAAACGCUGUACCACAUUCUGUUUCGCCUCCUUACUGCUGAAUAAUGCCAGCGUGCACUGAGGUGAUGUGUGACAGAAUAGGACGGGUGUGAGGAUUGAAGAUUGAAAUGAACAGGAAAGUGUGUGCAUUGGCCACAAGGCCGGAGGACGUAGAGCAGGCUUGUGUUUAGCAUAUGAAGCAUUAUUGUAUUGUAACGGCCAGAUCACUCAAAGCAGCUUUAGUGACUGGUGUUUUCCUCCCCGUACUGUGACUUUCCUCGGUAAAGAUGUUUGGAGAUCACGGGCCCUGACGCACACACACACACACACACACACACACACACACACACACACACACACACACACACACAGAAUGUGGCUGGGAGUGCAGCAGCAGGACUGCUGAGUCUGAACACGCUACGGCCAACAAACCUGUAAGCUGGAAGGGAGCGGUGAACACCAGCAGAGGAGCCAGCAAAACAUGUGGGCAGGGACGAGGAGGAGAGGCCGAUUCUAAGAAAGGACUGGUUUAGUUUUCUGCGUAAGAGCGUGUCUGCCAGCCAGAAAUGGGAAAAACAGACAAAUUGAGGAGAGGACAACAUAUUAACCCCGGCUUGUGUAACGUUCCGGGGAGGAGAGGAUGUGGUGGGAGAGGAUGUGGUACUGCUGUUUGUCAGCACCUUAAUUGAUCCUUGCUCGCCCAAACACAUGCAUUUUUCUCCCUUCCUGCGUAAGUUGCUUAUGACACAACUGUAGAUCAGUGACCUCUGUGCCCCCGCGCUCGGCCCCGGUGCAGCACAGGACGGGCAGAACCAGAACCAGAGCUGUGGAUGUCAACAGAGUGGAUGUGCGUUUGGCCCUGGACACAGCACUGCGUUGUAUAUCAUAUUAAUAGUAAAUGAUUGGGAUCUGAGAUCCUUCUGGGGGACGGCUGGAAACCUGGGAUGCUGGAACCGGGUCCUGGUACAGACCAAAAUGCUGAAAAUGGAGGUUUGAGUUUUCAGAGGAAGGACAAUUUUAUAAAAGCUGGAUUGUUAGGAGACUUAACUGCUUUUUUACAGGGAGACCUCCCCUAUAGUCACUUUGGCUGUUGUGCUAACCAUUGUUUCCCAAUGUUCUAGGUUAGGCAUGUGCUGUAAUAUAGGAUUGUGACAUAAUAUUUCUCGGUUGGUUUUAUUUAAGAAAACAAUGACUUUGGCACUUUGAUGUCAGCAUUCGACCUGUUUGAUUUGUUUGUAUAUCUGAACUGUUUUUGACAGGAUGCUCAACCUAUGUAAAGGACAUAUUUACUGAAUAUUUAGUCUGUGCUUCAUAAAAUAAGCUUUUAUACAGA